UGUCAAAAGGUAAAUAUGGCAUUACCUGUUUGCAAUUUUCCAUCUUUGAAAUGUAUUGACAUUACAUCUUGCAAUGAAUUGGUGACUGUAUUUCCAGCAAGUGCACAUGUUGACUCUACAUACCCUCGCCUUAAAAAGUUGUUCAUAAGGGGAUGUCCAAGGGUUGAGUCAUUUUCAGAAAUGGGAUUAUUGCCCAUUACUUUGAAAACUCUGUCCAUUGAGUCAUGCGAUAUGCUCAUUGAAAAUCGCAUGAGAUGGAAUUUACAAAGAAACUCUUCACUGAAACAGUUAGAAAUUAUAGAAUGUGGUGGAGUGGUAGAUUCUUUUCCAGAGGAGUGGUUGCUUCCACCAACUUUAAGAAUUCUCUCAAUCAAAUUUUGUUCGAACCUUAAAGUUCUAAAUGGAAAAAGCUUUCAGCACCUAACCUCUCUUCAAGAAUUGAAUCUUCAUUACUUGGAAAAAUUAGAGUGCUUACCAAAUGAAGGACUGCCCCAGACUCUUACUUCUCUGGAUAUUGAUGGUUGUGCUUUGCUAAUUUCUCAAAAGGGUGUUUGGUAGUUCUGAGGGGAGUGCUACCACUGGUGUUUCUUAUGGUUACUCAGAUGAUGAUGCUGAAAAGGGAUUUCAGAUGAGAACUUUUCUGAUUAAGAGAUGACAAGAUUGAACUUUUUUAUUUUUUUGGGGUAAUUUUGUCUUCAUCAAUCUUUGUUUUGGUUUGACACCAAUGCCCAGUGGAUUAGAAGGUCGACAUGCCAUUUAGUUUUGAUGAAGACGUUUAUGUGAAAAUGGUUUUGCCGUAAUGAUUGAAUCUCAAAGAUCUCAGCAAAUGGGACAAUAAAUGUCAACUCCCAAGUGGGUAUUUCUUGCAAAUGGGACAAUUUGCAAGAAAUUGUUUAGGCUUAAUUUGUGAGUGAGUUAGAGAGUGAGAUGGAUGUUGUGUUGUAAACAUUAAGUACUUUCAGACUCUUACGUUGGUGACAAUGUUAGUGUUGUAUUAUACCAAAUUAAUUCUGAAGCUUCUUGAUGAUCUCAGUCUCUGUCUUUAUAUUGAUGCAGAGAUGGUCUUGUAAAAACACAACUCUUUCAUAUGGUUUAUGUAUAUGUAUUACUAUGUAUAGAUUUUAAAUAAAUUAAUUGACAGAGUAGUUUACCUU